UCUCGCAUCUCUGUGUGGGUUUUUUUUUUCUUUGCGAGUGUGUGUGUGUGUGUGUGCAUAUACACCUUAUAUAUAUAUAGUCAUAUAUAUAUUUGCACAUAAUAUAUAUAUAGACAUCUACUCACACACACAUACCAAAAUAUAUUAGAUGUAUCCAUAUAUCCAUCAUAUACUUCAUAUACCCACAAUAUAAUACACGAUCACUUAUAUAUACCAAAAUAUAUUGUUGCAUAUAUUACAUACAUAUAUAUAUACACACACACACAUAUACCUAAUAAUAUAGAUAUAUGUAUAUGUGAGUACAUUUGUACACGUAUAUAUGUCUAUAGUUCAAUAGAAACGGAACUAAACUCAACAAGGAACCGAAUCUUUGGUCUUUCUCCAAGAUAUUCAUAUACAUACAUAUAUACACACACACGCACACUGGAGUUAAUUCUGUCGACGAUAAUCCCCUUUAUAAAUUUGGUCCUAGGAUAUAUCAUUACAUAUGCAAGUGCCCUGCUUUAAAUACACAUCACAUCCCAUACACAGGCAUAUACAAUUGUGUCUUAUUUAUUUCUAUUUCAUUUAGAAUAUCUUUCUGUUCAACAUCUUCAGUCCUUGGAUUUCGGUUAUUUUGAUGCAGUUCACAACAAAACAUUCGAUAUUUUUCUCAAUGGAAUCUCUUAAAGCUUUUCGGAAGAAAAAAAGACGAAUUAAAUAAUUGUUUGCAUUUAACACAACGCAAAGAAGUGUAUAUAUAUAUAUAUAUAUAUAUAUAUAUGUUUAUAUAAUAUAUAUCUAUAUAUGUAUAUUUAAUUUUUUUAUAACACAUUGUUUUUGUCAAGUAUACACAAAACAUAUACGUGCACAUGUAUACAUACACCAUUUCAUAGACACACACACACACACUCUCUCUCUCUCUCUCUAUAUAUAUAUAUAUAUAUAUAUAUAUAUAUAUACACAUACACACACACACUGCAUGCACAUUGCAUGAAAAUAUUACGUGUAGAAGCUACUCUGACGUAAUGUGUUUUUAAUAUAAACUAGCGUAUAUACAACACAUUUAUACACCCUAUUUUCGUUUCCGCUCCCAUGUUACUGCUUCCCUGUGUUAGAAGGUACCAUUUUCCAAAAUACACACACACACAUAUAUACACACAUGCACUCGUGUGCAUUUUGUCAACACCUUUCUCUAAUCAGUUUAUUUCACCUCUCGCAAAACGAAACACGCACCUGCACAGAACAAAUUAUAUGUAUGAUGAUAGAUAGAUAGAUUCUCAUGGUAUUGCCUAUCGUACUAAGAAAUCUACCGAAACAACACUAAAACCAAGACCACGUUUAGAAUCUGGUGUGGUUGGUGUUUAUUUUAUAAUACUUGGGCACUUAUCGCUACUAAAUAAAUGAUUAUUAAUUUAUUGUAGUUACGUGUCCUAAACCUUACACGAAAGCUUCCUUAAGUACUCCUACUAGAUCAGGGUAUACACGUAUACAAUAAUAUACAGUAACAAAUGUAUAUAUAAACAUAUAACCACCCAUAAACCUACAAUAUCAACUGUAUAUAACAUUAUAUAUAACCAUCCACAUACAAUAACAUCUAUAAACAUAGAUAACCACUCAUACACACACAGUAACAACUGUAUAUGUAUUAUAUACGUGUAUAACUAUUCACACAUCCAGUUCUCCCCGGCGCCGCCCUCACAAUCCAAUUACUUGACCUGGUAUAGCCAGUGUUUCAUUUAUUUAUAAUAUAUAUAUAUAUAUACAUACAGUUCAGCCUUCAGUUUAAUCCUAUCCCAAACCCCAGUUUCCGCCCUCCAUACACAUACGUAUAUAUAUAUAUAUAUAUAUAUAUAUAUAUAUAUAUAUAGAUAUAGAUACAUAUAUGUAUAUAAGCUAUUUAAGGUCUCUUUAGAUACCAAACCGUAGUUGGAAUAAGGAAACAUCUUUCAAUAUCUAGAGUUUACCGAUAUAUCAUUUAUAAUAGUAUAUUGAAAAUAGAAAUAAUAUAAUAUAUAUAUACAAAUAUAUAUAUCAUAAAAAAACUUAGACCGUCAUAGCUGUGUGCAGUAUAUAUAUGUGUGUGUGUGUACACAUGCAUUUAUAACAACAAAUGUAGAAUACGAAUGAAAUAGGAUAUAUAAAGUUAUAUUUUAUGUCAAAAAACCUUGAUAAUUUACUCGUUAUUCUUUAGUAAAUAACAAUACCUAACCACAAUUCUAAAUAAUUUCGCCAACAUUUUUUUUUUUCCAACUAGGUACGUAAAGUCCGUAUUAAGACAACGGGAGUAUAGAUAACUUGGGUGUAUAUGCAUAUAUAUAGAGUUGUAUAUAAGCCUUGAGGUAUAUAUAUAUAUUAUAUAUGUAUGUAAUUUAUAUUAUACACUUAGCUAAUAACUACACACAGCUUCUGAAAUUCGACACCCAUAUAUACAUACACUUCCCACAUCUACAUACAAGAUAAUAUAUAUAUACACGCACACAUACAGACAAACGGUUAUUCACUGGGUACAAAUGCAUUAAUACGUGCACAUAUAUACAGUAUAUGUAUAAUAAUUACACACACACACACACACACAUAUAUAUAUAUAUACUAAUUGAAUGUAUGUAUAUAUGUAAUAUACAAGACAGAAAGAUUUUUUUAAAUAAUUUAACUCGGAAAGCUACAAUCUUUAUUUUAAAAUUCGACGGACGGAUAUAUAUUUUUUCCCAACGUGUUUCUGAGUGUGUUUUUACAUAUGUCUUCGUGGCAACAUCGGCCUUUGUCAUGGGUGAUGCUACAGGUCGAACGAAGCCCUCAAAUUCAACCAGAAGCGCCUGUAAGGACAGUCUGCAAUGCUGCUUUUCGCCACAGACGGCGACGACAAGGAGACAAAAAUCUGCGACGAUGUCGACAACAAAGAAAUUUCAGGACUACCAUAAUAAAAAUGGAAUUAGUCGACAAGACGGACAAAGCAAGUGGCACCUCGCCCAAAAUGGUAAGGUGGUCACCAGUGCAGUAUCAUCGGGUACGUGGCCGGGUACACGCCUCUCUCGGAUUUUCCUAGCGGUUUUCUUACUUCUAGUUUUUUCCAGUCAUGGUAUUGAAGCACCAUGCCCCCCUGGAUGUACGUGCAAAAUAACAAACCCCAAAAACAGGGGACAAAGCUCGCGUGAAUCCCACUCCAAGCCGGCCUUGUUGCAGCCGCCUUCACAUCUUCGACCCGGACCGAGUUCAAGCGGGCCUGGCGGCAGUUCUAAGGUCGGCGUUGGUGUUGGGACCACAGCUGCCCCUAAAAAUCGAACAGUAUCUCACAAAGUGAGCUGUUCUGAGAAUGAACAACCAUUCACUGAUUUAUCGGAAAUGAUAAAAAAUGAUUUACCAGAAAACGUUGUCCAACUGGAUUUAAGUGAGAAUGCCAUCAAAGCCUUAAAACAAGGAGAUUUCACGAACCUCUCUUCUUUACAGAAAUUAGAUCUGAGCCACAAUCAAAUUGAAAGCAUUGAACCAGGGACUUUUGAAAACCUCACCAAAUUGUUGAGAUUAGAUAUUUCACACAACAAACUGACGUACAUUGAUGCGAAUAUGUUUAUUGGACUGAGUAGCGUGGAGAAAUUUGACCUUUCCCAGAAUUUGUUACCAGGAGUUACCGAAGGGAGUUUUGCCAAUAUGACUUCUUUGCGGAGAAUAGAUUUCCAGUCGUCUCAUUUACGAUGUGACUGUCACCUGCAAUGGAUUGUCAAAUGGUCCAAGAACAACAGUGUGAAGAUCCAAGACACAACAGUCUGUGCCAUGCCGUCUGAUGUUAAGGAUCGACCAAUUAAAGAUCUGAAGAGAAAAGAUCUACAUUGUGAACGUCCUCUGGAACUCCCAGUGUUUGAACUCCUACCUUCAACCAAUCAAAUUGUGUUCGAAGGAGACAAGCUGCCAUUUGAAUGUCGUGCUUUCAAAAUUGAUGAUGAAGCGGAAAUGUUUUGGGUUCGCAAAGGGAAACGCAUGCAUACCAAUCGCACUGCUGGAAUAUUCUUACAUGAAACUUACAUCCCUGACCGACAGAUAAUGAUCAACCGGUUAGUGAUUGAGAAACUUAAUAAGAAUCAUCAGGGCGUUUGGGAAUGUCAGGUGACCACCCCUCGUGGAAAUGUGUCGGACUCGGUUAACGUGGUAGUCAUACCAAGCAAUGCUUUAUACUGCUCCAGAGAACGUGUCCACACCACAAAGGGGAUGUACCUGUGGAAGAAGACAGUUACCGGCAUCCAGGUGCAGCAGCUGUGCAACUUCGGUAGGAACCAAUAUGCCACGUAUUUCUGCAAUGAGUAUGGCCACUGGCAAGAUCUGGAUGUGAGCAGGUGUGAAUAUGUGAUUGAACUAACCCGCAAACUCAACAACUUGGCAACCAAAAGUGUGGAUGAGAAGAACGCUUUGGACCAAGCUCAAGGUUUACGGGACUUUCUCAGUGGCAACUCAGGAAAAAUUAAACAUUCAAUUGAAGUCACUUUAGUUGCUGUUUGCCUCAGUAAACUUUCCCCUUAUGCUCACAGAGAAGGUGGACAGAUAUUCAACAUGAUGCUGGAUACAGCCAGUGACAUCCUUGACCUUAAUGACAAGCUGCUGGUCAGGGCCCAACAGAACAACAACAGCUGUUCAAGAAUCAUGAAAAGUCUUGAAGUGAUGACGAAAUAUGUGCUCCAAAGCAACAGUCACAAGAGUGGUCGUACGCAGAACAUUUAUGUUGAAGCUUUCAAUAAAACCAUGGCAAACUAUAAAGGAAUGUCUUGCUUUCUGCAAGGCAAUCCUACCUUAACUCUUCCCUAUACCGACGUUCGCUUCCGCUGCCGACCUGGAGAUGGUCUCACUAGUUAUAUAGAAUCAACUAGGAAGGACAUCAUAUCAGCCAUUUAUCUGCCUGAAACUUUAUUCCACAACUCGGAUUUACAGCUCAGUAAAUCAACAACUAUCGGAUUACAGUUUGCAGCAAUCAUGGAUCCAUCUGGAUUUCCAAUCAUCAAAUUAGGGGACCCGAAACUGGAAGGGAAAAAAUGGAAGGUGGCAUCAAAGAUUAUCUCUGGCAGCGUUGGUUAUUCUAUAACAAACUUGUCUGAUCCUGUGAUUCUGGUGUUUCACACGGCUCCCUCGGUGGAUCGGGAGAAACUACAAGCUGUUUACUGGGACUUCUAUAGUAAUAAUGGUUUGGGUGAAUGGCGUACAGACGGUUGUAACAUUGUUGGUCAUCAGAGGAACCACACCAUUGUCCAUUGUUAUCAUCUCACCAAUUUUGCUCUGCUACAAAACCUAACUCCGGCACUAAGGACUGGCUUUGUGAUGAUGGAACCUGUCAUAUAUUUUGGCAGCUGUGUCUGUGUCCUCUGUACAAUGGCUGUCAUACUCACAUACACAACGUGUUUCAGGUUCAUCCGAGUCCCAAAGAAGAUGAAACAUUCUGUAAUCAACCUCAGCAUCAGCAUCUUACUUCUGGUCAUUGGCUUUACAAUGGGUAUCAACCGGGUGGACAACAGGAGGGCCUGUCAAAUCGUUGGCAUUUGCAUUCACUAUUGCUCUCUUUGCUGUAUCUUCUGGGUGACCAUCACCUCCAACAACAUGCUCAAGAAAUUUGCCAAGGCCGAGCGACCGCCCCCGCCUCCACCAGAACCCCUCAUCAUGCCAUUGCCACCGAAACCGAUGCUGCGAUUCUACCUUUUAGGAUGGGGAGUUCCACUGAUUAUUUGUGGCAUCACUGCUGCCGUUAACAUGGACCAUUAUGCUGGGAUGGAUUAUUGUUAUCUUUCCUGGGAUCCUGGUCUUGGAGCAUUCUAUGGGCCAGUGGCGUUGCUGGUUGGAAUCAACCUUGUCUACUUUCUGCGAAUCUCUUGUGUUAUUCGAGGAUCGUCGACCAAUCCGAGCUACUCUGAAGAGACGGAGGAGUUGCACGUCAAUGAAAUUGAGCUCUCUCCUAACCAGGAGCAUCUUCACCCACAUCAUCAUCAUCAUCAUCAUCACCACCACCACAACAACAAUACAAACCAACCUCACCAAGCUCCGCCCAGUAUACCAUUGCAUGUCAACAACCACCAUCGUGGCGGUAGUAGUGUUAGUGGUAGCAGAAAUCAGCCAGACAAUCGCUCCAUCCAUUCAGAUGACAGUAACAUUUCCAGCAUCUCUAGUAUAUUAGAUGAGGAACGACGCCCCAUCACCCAGCUCAGAGCUUUAGUAACCUUCCUCUUUUUAUUUAUCGUUGCAUGGGUGUGUGCUGCUUUUGCUGUGGCCCAGCCAUUUCGUGCCAUUGUCCCAAAACAAGAAAUAAUCUUCAGUUAUCUCUAUGGAUUAUCCAGUAUUAUUCUAGGUGGAUUUUUGGUCGGUUUCUUUUGUCUUUUACGAGAUGAUUCCCGAGACUGUUGGAGGCGAUUUUUCUGCUGCGAGAAAGACGAAGUGGAAAUCGCUCGCAUCACGCCACCGAAUGUCAAUCACAUGACUCACAUCAAUGGGCAUGUGCGCUCGGGGAGCAGCGUCGAUGGAGAGUCACUGACUGGCAAAAUGUACAACAAUGAGCGCAGUAACAAAGUAAAAGUUGUCGACCGCCCAAUCAAACAGAUUAAUCUUGUCCCAAUCCAACCUGCCACAUUCACCGAUGGGUCGGUUAGCAGUGCACAUGAGGCACCUUACCCCAAUUUUUACAACCCUCGGCAGAAUGGUGUUGCUAAGAAAUUCUGGGAGAAGAACCGACACAAUCAUCUCAAGUUAAUAAACAAAGAAAUCAACAAAGACAUCAGUGACUUCAAUUCUGUUAAUUUUGAUGACUCGACCAAACGCUACAGUCACUGCACUAGUUCUGAUGCCAAUACUCACUGGAGUAUUGAAAUUCAGAUCCAAGCCAAUGCAGACGAUGUGAAGAAUGGUGGUGUCGGCCUCCAAAAACAGCCAGUCCCUGGCAAAAUCCCAAAUCAGUUACCUCUCAACAUCCAUGAACCAUUAUUCCCCUCUUUGCCAUUAGAUAGAAACCAAAUACCUCCAGUGGGAGGCCCCACGUCCCCAGAAACAAUAACAGCAAGCCCAUCUUGUAGCUUUAUAUCCCCAUCUGGCUCUCAAACGCUACCUCACUGUCAUUCUCCUGGGGCAUCGUCCCUCACUUCCUAUCAACAUUCAAGUGCAUUCACUCCUGUUCAACCGAAGCGCUGCAACACAUUACCAAAAAUUGGCAAGGCAGUCGAGGCUGCCGAUCAGCCGAAUGAGUAUAUGGUGAGGGAUGGUUCCGUUCCGAGGUUACGGGAUUUUGAUGGCCAGAGUGAGGUGAGUGCAGACAGAAGUGCUAAUGUGGAAUGCCCUGAAAACCACGUCCUACAAGGAUACUUGCCACCCGAAUCUGUUCAUAAUUCUGCCUUUCAAAAUAGCAACAAGGACCCAGUCAAGCCAGUGGCUCAUGGCCUUCUCCCAUCGACACUGACCAAUCCUCCAGAUUUGGUGAAAGAGAAUCAUCUAACAUCAAAAAACAAUGAGUGUUCAUUGCCAUUAGAUAAAAAUAACCAAAAUGCGCCUUUUGGACCACCACGACAGAAUUUCUAUCUGCCUCCACCCCACCUAGAAAAUAAUGCUGCAACGUCUGCAGACUUUGUGUGCAGCAGCAGCAGUAGCAGCAGCAGCAACAAAACUGGUGAGGAUGGCUAUUUGAGUAGUGGAAGUGGUGGCCUUGUCAACCAGCUACCACAGCAACAGCAACAGCAGCAUCAUCAUCAUCAUCAUCAUCAUCACCACCAUCAUCACAAUCAACAAGGCCAGCCAUCAAAAACUGACCCCACACAACUGCCACCAUUCACCAACCCCCAGCAACGUACCCACCCCCCCAAUUAUGAAAGCAAUCAUAUCGGCUGCAAAUGUGAUUCCGAUGAGAACAACUGCAGCAGCAGCAACAACAACAACAACAAACAGUUGAAU